GUUGAACUUAUUCGGGUGAAAGUUUAUUGAACUCUUGCAAAAAUGUAAACAAACAAAAAAAAUGCAAAUUUCUACCAAAUAGAAAACUAAAAGUCGUUCAGUCAUUAAUCAAAAGUGUUUUCGUGCGGAGUGUUUGAUUAAAUCAAGGCUGCUUUUCGUUUCAUUGCCACUUUGUUGCUGAAAAAAAAUCUAAAAAAAAAUCAAAAAAAGGCAACAUCGGCAAGCAGAAGUCAAAAGUUACUUAGAUGGGUUUGUCACACGUAGAAAAGGUACUUCCUGGUCUCCGAUGGCUUCGUGGAUACAAUGUCGAGUAUGCAGUAAGUGACUUGAUCGCUGGAAUCACCGUUGGAUUGACUCUCCUGCCACAAGGACUUGCUUAUGCGACAUUAGCUGGUCUUCCGCCGCAAUAUGGGCUCUAUAGUUCGUUCAUCGGCGGAAUGGUUUACGCUUGCUUAGGUGGAUGUCCUGAAGUGAAUAUUGGUCCAACAGCACUUUUAUCUCUCAUGACAAGUCGUCAUACGUCACUUGGAGGUACAUCUGGACCUGCAUUAGCGAUUCUCUUAUGCUUUUUAAGUGGCGUCGUUGAACUCAUAAUGGCUCUUUUACGACUUGGCUCUCUCGUUGACCUUCUUUCUAUUGCUGUAAUUGCCGGAUUUACGUCAGCAACUGCCAUUAUCAUCGGUUGUUCGCAACUAAAAGCUCUCUUGGGUAUCACAGCAAAGUCCUCGGGAGGCGGAUUCGUCGCCACAAUUUAUACCGUCUUCACGAAUCUCGAUAAUAUUCGGUACACAGACGCCGCUCUCGGAAUUUCAUCGAUUUUUGUACUCUUAGCUGUUAGAAAACUCAAAGAUAUUAAGACUCCGGAGAACGCUUCCAAGUCACGUCGCAUCCUGGGAGGUGCAAUUUGGUUUUUUGCUACGGCAAGAAACGCUCUUCUCGUGUUCAUCUCGAGUUUUGGCGCUUAUUUGGCCAGUCAACGCGGAAAUUCGCCAUUUAUUCUCACGGGAACCGUUAAAAGUGGCAUUCCAGCGUUUCAAUUGCCUCCAACUGAAACUACUUUUGUGAAUUCGAAUGGAACUUUAACGGAAAUGGGAUUUCCAGAGAUGCUUGACGAGCUCGGGGCAUCCAUCGUGUUAGUGCCAAUAAUCGCCGUGCUCGGAAAUGUCGCAAUUUCAAAAGCUUUCGGCGGAAAUGGUGUCGAUCCAACACGAGAACUUGUCGCAUUGUCCCUCAGCAACGUUUUUGGAUCAUUUUUCCAAUCUUACCCCGUGACAGGAUCAUUUUCUCGGAGCGCCGUGAAUCACGCUUCGGGCGUAAGAACGCCAAUUGGCGGAAUUUAUACAGGAUUUUUAGUAUUAUUAGCACUUUCGGUGCUCACACCGUAUUUCCAAUACAUUCCUAAGGCAACAUUGAGUGCUGUCAUCAUCUCUGCCGUGCUUUUUAUGAUCGAAUAUGAAGUAAUUCGACCUUUGUGGCGAUGCAGUAGACGAGAAUUAUUGCCUGGAGCAGUCACUUUUAUCCUUAGUUUGUUAGUAGGAGUAGAGAUUGGACUUUUAGCUGGGGUUGCAGUUGAUGUCGCAUUCCUCGUUCAUCGUGCAGCGAGACCUAAUUUGGCUGUUGAACGAUGCACGACAAUUUCAGCUGAUAUUGAAUUCUUAAUAAUUCGUCCUCGCUACAGUUUAUUGUAUUUCCCAGCCACGGAAUACAUCAGAAUUGAAAUAUUAAACGCUACAAAGAAACAUCGGGAUAUCCCGAUAGUCUUGGAUUGCCGAAAUUUGCAUGAAUUUGAUUUCACCGCCGCUCGUGGCUUAGGAGGUCUCUACAAAGAAUUACAAGCGCAAAAAGUGUCAUUAGUCCUCUUGGGACCCUCUGACGAGAUCGAACACGUACUAAAAGAGGCAAUUUCGCCCACAGUCAUCCCCUCGGCGCACUCUGAAACGGAUUUGGAGGCAGUUCUAAUGGAAAUUACCAACAAAGAGACUCGAGAAUUGAAAAAUAUCGACACGCCGUUGCUUCAACAGAAAGGAAUCCCGAAUGGAAAUGCCGAAAAUGACAUUUAUCGUCGAAAAAGUCACGACAUCGAAAGUAGUUGA